UUCCAAUUAACAUUUGAGUCACUCCAUAUCAUUAGCAGCUCUGUGUGGCGCAUUAGGACCACACAUCGUGCCGGAGACGCACCAGGGCUGGUGGGGCUAAUCUCAACUGACGCAACACCCCUGGGCCUGGCUGAGACAGACGUCACCCUCCGUCAAUACUAGACUGUGAAUGAGUCCCAAAUGGCACCCUAUUCUACUCCCAAAAGAGUGCUAUUUCAGAGGGGUCUUGGUCAAAAGUAGUACACUAUACAGGGAAUAGGAUGCCAUUUCAGGAGCACACUAUCAUCAUCACUGGGCUCGGGGUUUGUUUAGAUCUGAAAUGCCACUUGUAAUGCUGUGUUGUUUGCCAAGCCCACUUCACACUUGUCAAUUCCAUGUCACAACUUUGCAGAUAUUGGAUGAUGGACAGAUGUACAAUAUUGUUUUGUUCUUGUGACUGUGUCAAACCUCUGUGACCUUCUUUACUUCUUCCCUACAGCUAGUGACCCUCAUGACACGCGCACACACACACGCACACGUCCUCAUCAACCAAUCACAUCCUUGUAUUGGUACGAGGAAGAGCCAAGGAUGAAGAAACCUAUAUAUUGGUGGCGCCACUAUUAUGUGACACUUGGACAGGGCUGUGUUUUGUGUGUGGACCAACGGCCAUCUUCGUUCUCUGACAUCCAGCCGUUGUUUUGUUUUCCAAUAGGAUAGUUAUUGUUGAACAUCCAGUCAACAUCCAGAUUAUCGCUGCUGAAUACAGCAUUGAAGGAUACAUUCGGUAUACAGUUUAACCAAUAGGAAAGGUACAGACAGGAGAGAUGCUGUGUUCCCAGCUGCAGGUGUUACUGGUGGCUCUAUCUGCCUCAGUGUUCCUGGCGAGGGUCAGCGCCGCUCCACACAGAGACAUGCUAGCUGAACUACUGAGAGCAGAUACAACCAAGGGCAACGAGGAUCUCUCCCGCACCCUCCUGCUGAAGAUAAUGUCGGACCUGAUGAGCACAGCCGUGGGGGAGAACGAGGUCCUACCGGACCUGGAGGAGGCACUCGGGGUGAGGGAGGAGGUGGUGCGCCAGCUACCCCUCUCCCAUCGGGAACGCAAGGCUGGAUGCCGGAACUUCUUUUGGAAGACAUUCACAUCGUGUUAACUUGCCAAGCAGCCUCUUCUUUGUGCUGGAUCAUUUGAAGACAUAUUUCUUGCAAUGUCACAAAUGUAAAAUGACAGCUACUUUUCCUUUUGCACUGUUCAUGAUCAAUUAAAAGG